AUGAAAAAGGCUUUGCCGGAUGGCCCGGGAUUAGCACAGAAAGUACGUAUUUGUGGUAAUUUUAAAGUUACAGUGAAUCCAGUGUUAAAAGUAGUACAAUAUCCAUUGCCAAAGAUUGAUGAGAUUUUUGCCUCAUUGGCAGGAGGGCAACAUUUUUCUAAAAUAGAUCUGGCACAAGCAUAUUUGCAGAUGGAGGUAGAGGAAGAUUCCAGACAUUACCUGACGAUUAAUACGCAUAAAGGCUUGUAUAGGUAUAAUAGGUUGGUUUUUGGGGUAGCUUCGGCGCCGGCUAUGUGGCAGAGAGCCAUGGAGCAGGUGUUGCAAGGUAUUCCAGGUACCCAAUGUUACUUGGAUGAUAUUUUGAUCACAGGUAGGACGGUGGAAGAACACCUCUCCAAUUUGGAACGGGUGUUGGGCAGGUUAAAACGUUAUGGCCUUAGGGCUAACAAGGCCAAGUGUGACUUCUUCAAGGAACAACUGGCGUAUUGUGGACAUUUGAUUGAUAGACAUGGGUUGCAUAAAUCACCAGACAAAAUUGCUGCGGUGGUAAAUGCGCCAGCUCCGGUGAAUGUGUCACAGUUACGCUCAUUUCUGGGGGUGCCCUUGAUGACGGCACAGCGCUUGCAGAGAUGGGCCUUGUUUUUGGGUGCACAUCGUUAUGACAUCCAGUAUAGAGGCACAAAGUUGCAUGGGAAUGCAGAUAGUUUGUCAAGAUUGCCAUUACCGAUUGUAAGUGAUGUACCAAUGACUGAUGUGCCAGAAUUGUUUCAUAUGUCCAUUUGUGAAGUGUUGCCAGUGGAUAACAAACGUAUAGAGCGUGAGACAAGGAAUGAUAGGACUCUUUCAGGGGUAUAUGAUGUAACAGUACGAGGGUGGCCAGCGGAAGGAGAUUUUCAUUUUCCUCAAUAUUCAGCAAGAAGAGAACAAUUGUCUACGUGCAGGGGUACCGUGAUGUGUGGUUCUAGAGUGGUGAUCCCCCAAAAGUUACAGAAACAAAUCUUGGAGGAACUACACGUUGGUCAUCUAGGAUGCACUAAGAUGAAAAGUCUGGCUCGUGCAUAUGUAUGGUGGCCAGGUAUUGAUGGACAGAUUGAGGAAUUGGCCAAAAAUUGUUCUGGCUGUCGGCUUGAGCAGAAGACACCUCCAUUGGCCCCUAUCCAUCCAUGGGAAUGGCCGUCUGGUCCAUGGAAACGGGUUCAUAUUGAUUAUGCAGGACCCUUUCAAGAGUCUAUGUUCCUGGUGGUAGUAGAUGCGCAUUCGAAAUGGCCAGAGGUUAUAAAGAUGUCCUCGACUACGUCUCAGAAGACGAUUGCGACGUUACGAACAAUUUUUGCAAGGUAUGGUUUGCCUGAACAAAUAUGUUCGGAUAACGGGCCUCAAUUUGUAUCUGAAGACUUUAAGAAGUUUCUGAAGACUAAUGGCAUUAAACACUUUACGUCGGCACCUUAUCAUCCAGCAACAAAUGGACUGGCGGAGCGUUUUGUACAGACCUUUAAGAAGGCGCUUAAAGCAAUGAAACAUGAGGAUCUGCCUAUGCAACAUAAAUUGGACAAUUUUUUGUUCAACUAUAGAAAUGCGGUUCAUGCUGUAACAGGUCAAUCACCUGCGAUGGUGUUUUUCAACAGACAGUUGGGUUCCAAAUUGGACUUAGUUCGUCCUGAUCUUAGAAGACAAGUGGAACAGAAAGUGUUCCAUUGUGCACCUCAACGUCUUACCAGGAGUUUCCAGGUUGGUGAAGCUGUACUUGCCCGCGAUUAUAGAAACCAGAAAUGGCAGCCGGGAGUUGUUGCGGAGGUACAAGGACCUCUAAUGUAUGCAGUCAACACGGCCGAUGGCCAGAUUCGCCGGCAUGUGGAUCAAAUCGUACAAUCUACUAUUGCUCCUCACCUGGAACCUCGGUUAAGUGCAUCGGAUCAGCCAGUAUCAAUGGGGGGCCAAUGGUCGAAUAAGGAAUUGGAACCUAUUGUGUCUAUGUCUUGUUAUCCUGUUCUAGCUGCCAAAGAAGCACCUAUGCCUUCGUUGGAUAUUUCACCAGCUAAAGUAGCAGUACAGGUUCCUGACCAGGUGGUUGCAAUACCAAAACAGGUGUUCCCUAGCUCGGAAGUGCGGUGUUCGCCUGUAGAAUCUGGAUUAAGACGCUCAACCAGAAUAUCAAGGCCGCCACAGAGGUUGAUUGAUGAACUUUGA